AUGCGAGUCCAGAACUAUGCUACCAAGCAAAGAAUUGACGCUCCGAGGUUGCGCGCUGAUGUCGAUGCACGCGGUCGACUUGGCUUCUACACUUUGACGAAGCAUGAAGGAAUACACAAAAUAGAGCCUCGUACUGCCAUGAGCAUCUAUGAUGAUUUCGUUGCGCAUAAGAACACCAUGCCCCACGGCAAAAACGUCUUGCGCAUAGUGAACAAAUACAACGUGCCGCUGAACGAUGUAGCGUCUCUUGCAAUCGUCACUUUCAAGAUACCUGAUAUUGGCGAUGCGGCGAAAAGAGCUCAAUUGCCUCCAAGUCAACACAAGAAUACCGCUGGACUGCUGCUUCAGGGAUGUGCGCAAAGUGGAGACCCUCUAGCGAUAACACACAUCCUGACCGCCGUCUAUCUUGGCGGCUCAGGCCAUAGUUCUGCUCAAGAGAUCACGAGACUAUUUCCAAAGCAAGAAAUAGCCCAGUAUCGUCUGUCUCUCGACGCGAUCGACCUACAGUCCCUGGAAAAGGAUCCUGGCUUGGUUCUGGAAAUCUCAACUCUACGAGGACUCUUCCUGGAGCAAGCAGGACAAAAGCAGGAAGCUAAGAAAGCAUAUCAACAAGUCAUCACAACUGCAGCUCUCAAAUAUCAGCCUGGACAAUCAGCGCAUGCAAUGAAAUUGCCUCUCAUAGCACCAUGGAAUGCGCUUGGCUAUCUUCUCAAAGCAGACAAAGACCCCAAAGUACAAGCAGAAGCCAAGUUUUACUUUCAAAAGGGCGCUCUUGAAGGCGAUGAUCCACUGUCAUACUAUGAGCUUGCAGCGUUUGAGCCGAGGACAAGUCAGAAGUGGUUGCAAUAUACCAGCAAAGCAGCAGCAUCCGGCCAUGAACAAGCAAUACUAAAUCUUACCGACUUCUACCAAGAAGUGGCGACAGUAGAACCUACUAUUUUGAAGAGCGACAGCAUACGAAAAGCGCUCAACUGGGUGCUAAGCUGGAGACAAGGCAGUACUGCUGCGUUGGCGCGAGAGUGGCAACAAGUCGCGUCUGUCAUCGGCCACAAACCUUCAAUGUUGCAGCUUGCGGAUUACUAUGACUCCAUCGGUAACAACGAACGAGCCAGGAGAUAUUUGCAUCAGAUAAUUGAGACUCCGAACACGACCAAUCAGAAAGAAGGGUCGUCGCAGCUCCUGCAAGUCGCGAGGAAGCGACUUGCUGGAUUCCGGUAA